UGAACAAAUGUGUCUGAUUCCGCCUGGAGAAAGUGUCUCAGGCGCUGCAGCAACAUUACAUUUGAUGAUUUCUUCUAAAUACUCUGAACAAAGGAGAGCUUAUAUGGCUCUAACAGUACGGACGAAAGCAGUGUUUGUGGGCGAUUUUAGCACUGAACUAUCGGAUGCAACUGAGAAAGUCUCGAUUUUUGGAUCAGAAAAAGACAUGGAGGGGAGUUGUGGAGACGGGUUUCGCCAUUGACGCCAUGAUUUCUGGCCUCAAUCAAGAGAGAAGCACACUCAGCUUCCUCAACGGAAGAAGUAGAACUUGAAAGAAAGUGUACGGCGAGUCGGCUCGGUUAAGCGUCAGUACACAAGAUCCGGUUUAAUCCGGUUCACAAACGUCGGUUCAGUUCCAACAUCGAAACCGGUUUGGCGGACGAGUUCUCUGUUUUGACCCGAAAGAUCUUUUGUUCGCAUGUCAAAAACGUUCUGAACAUUUGGGGAUCUCGUCAUAAACACGAUUUCUCGGUGGGAGAAGAGAAAUGGAUGAGCUUCGGGGGAGUGAUGAAUUCAUAUACAGAAUCAGCACUGCCAAAGAAUGGGAGGAAUUUCAGAAGAACGGAUCUUCUUUCGGUGGAGAUCUCGACAAGUCGACUGGCUGCUUUCAUCUCAGCAAACUCGAUCAGGUGCAAUCAACAUUGCAAAACUUCUUCUUGAAUGCUAAGGAGGAUCUCUACCUUCUUCAGGUCGACCCCAAGAAGCUUGGAGAUGGAUUGAUCUACGAAAUCGUGGAUGGUGUCAAUAGCUUCCCUCAUUUCUACGGGCCAGAUCGAAGCUUCAGUCCUCUUCCCCUGGAUAAGGUUGUUAAAGCCGAAAAGCUGCAGUUUUCCAACGGCCAAUUCUCGUGCAGCUUCUUAACCUAAUCCCCGAGGUUUCGCUGUAAGAUUCUCAAACAGUUGACAUUAUAACCAAAAUAAUCUGUAUACACUCCAUCAGUACACUGUGUGUGGAUGAGAUUGUGUUAUUAUAUCUUAUGGUUACAUACAUGAUUCUUCAUCAGCUAAACUGGGUAAUUUACUGAA